AUGACUGGCGACAAGAUGGACGUUGAGAUUGCCGAGCAGCGCAUGAAGUCGCUCGAGCACAGCGAGCAGCACUACUUUAAGAGCUAUGACCACCAUGGCAUCCACGAGGAAAUGCUGAAAGAUGAGGUCCGCACUCGAUCCUACAUGAAUGCUAUUAUGCAAAACAAGCACCUGUUCAAGGACAAGGUGGUUCUCGAUGUCGGCUGUGGCACCGCCAUUCUCUCCAUGUUUGCUGCCAAGGCCGGCGCCAAGCACGUCAUUGGCGUCGACAUGUCGUCCAUCAUCUUCAAGGCCCGCGAGAUUGUCAAGACCAACGGCCUCUCCGACAAGAUCACCCUGAUCCAGGGCAAGAUGGAGGAGAUUGAGAUGCCCUUCCCCAAGGUCGACAUCAUCAUCUCUGAGUGGAUGGGCUAUUUCUUGUUGUACGAGAGCAUGUUGGACACGGUCCUGUAUGCUCGCGACACCUAUCUCGAGAAGGACGGCCUCAUCUUCCCCGACAAGGCCACCAUUUUCUUUGCCGGCAUCGAAGAUGGUGACUACAAGGAGGAAAAGAUUGGAUUCUGGGACAAUGUCUACGGCUUCGACUACACCCCGCUCAAGGAAACCGCCCUCUCCGAGCCCCUCGUCGACACAGUCGAGCUCAAGACUGUCGUCACCGAUCCCACGCCCGUCCUCACUCUUGACCUCUACACCUGCACCGUGGCCGACCUCGCCUUUGCCACGCCCUUCAAGCUCGCCAUCAAGCGCGACGACUUCGUUCACGCCCUCGUGUCCUGGUUCGACAUCGACUUCACCGCAUGCCACAAGCCCAUCCGCUUCUCUACCGGUCCCCACACCAAAUACACCCACUGGAAACAGACAGUCUUUUACUUCAAGGACGUGCUGACGGUCCAGGACGGCGAGGAGAUUGCAUGCCAUCUGCAGGUCAAGCCCAACGCCAAGAACCGCCGAGAUCUGGACAUUGAUCUCCAGUACGAGUUCCAACCGGAGGACUCUACCCGAUCAUCUUCUGGGCAAUGCUCGUUCCACAUGUGCUAG